CUGACCAGACCCUCCCCCCCCAACACUCACACACAGACAUACACACACCCUUCCUUCUCUACCCCACACUCGGGCGAUGGCGUGAAUCUGACGGCUCUUCAGCCAUCCGGCCUUUCCCUCCACUCUGGCAUUGAAUUCAUGUACACUUGGCCCUCCCUCUUCUGCGUUCCCUUCCCCCCAUUCACUCCCUUUUGCCCCAUCCCCCCCCCCAUGCCAAAUAGUGAGCUGUCGCCGGAGGCGAGGGGAGAAGGCAUUACGCAUGCGCGAGCGCUACCUAGGCGGGGUAUGUGUUCCUUCGCUGUCUUAGAGGCGCAUGCGCAGCAUCAUGCUGCGGGGACCUGCUGGAUAACGAUCCCUUUUACCCCACGUAGUCAGACUGUGGCUCAGCCUGAUUACUGCCAGAUAGUGAGCUGCUGUUGCUGUCCAAAGAGAGAAGUUGGUUUGUUUGAGGCGGUCAAGGGACAAAGCGUUGUUCUCGCUUGGUGUUGCAGCGGAGGCCUCCGGAGUUACACGAGCUCAGAUGGGGGAGACUGAAGCAAAAAUAGAAAGUCAUCUGUGCUGGAUCACACAAAUCAUUGACAGAAUUGAGAAGACAUUACAGAUGUCCUGAAUCCCAGUUCCUCAAUAUAUGUGGUUCCUCCAUGUAAAUUCUUGGUGAAGACUAAAUAGAAAGGUGUUUUUUUUCUUCUAAACUUGGGAAAUUGCGUUUAACCUUCAAACUGGCGAUGUCAAGGGUCCCGAGUCCUCCUCCUCCGGCAGAAAUGUCGAGUGGCCCUGUAGCUGAGAGCUGGUGCUACACACAAAUCAAGGUAGUGAAAUUUUCCUACAUGUGGACCAUCAAUAACUUUAGCUUCUGUCGAGAAGAAAUGGGUGAGGUCAUUAAAAGUUCAACUUUUUCAUCGGGAGCCAAUGAUAAACUAAAAUGGUGUUUGCGGGUGAAUCCAAAAGGGCUAGAUGAAGAAAGCAAAGAUUACUUGUCACUAUACCUGUUAUUGGUCAGCUGUCCAAAGAGUGAAGUCAGGGCAAAGUUUAAAUUCUCCAUCCUGAAUGCCAAAGGGGAAGAAACAAAGGCAAUGGAGAGCCAGAGAGCCUAUCGAUUUGUACAGGGCAAGGACUGGGGAUUCAAGAAGUUCAUCCGUAGAGAUUUUCUGUUGGAUGAGGCCAAUGGUCUCCUUCCUGAUGAUAAACUCACCCUCUUUUGUGAGGUGAGUGUGGUGCAAGAUUCAGUCAACAUUUCUGGCCAGAAUACCAUGAAUAUGGUGAAAGUCCCUGAGUGCCGGUUGGCAGAUGAGUUGGGAGGACUCUGGGAAAAUUCCCGCUUCACAGAUUGCUGCUUGUGUGUUGCUGGCCAAGAGUUCCAAGCUCACAAAGCUAUCUUAGCAGCCCGUUCUCCUGUUUUCAGCGCCAUGUUUGAGCAUGAGAUGGAAGAGAGCAAAAAGAACCGGGUGGAAAUCAAUGAUGUAGAGCCAGAAGUUUUUAAGGAAAUGAUGUGCUUCAUUUACACUGGCAAGGCCCCCAACUUAGAUAAAAUGGCUGAUGAUCUUCUGGCAGCUGCAGACAAGUAUGCCCUGGAGCGUUUAAAGGUCAUGUGUGAAGAUGCGCUCUGCAGUAGCCUGUCCGUGGAGAAUGCAGCAGAGAUUCUUAUUCUGGCUGACCUGCAUAGUGCAGAUCAACUGAAAACACAGGCAGUGGAUUUCAUCAACUAUCAUGCUUCAGAUGUCAUGGAGACCUCUGGAUGGAAGUCCAUGGUGGUUUCACACCCCCAUUUGGUGGCCGAAGCGUACCGUUCCCUGGCUUCAGCACAGUGCCCUUUCUUGGGACCCCCACGAAAGCGCCUGAAGCAAUCCUAAGGCCCCUGCUUGUUGCAGGACCCAAUUUUUUUUUUCCCAGAAGCAGCAGCACGUUUGCUGUCCUUGACCACUACAUAGAGACAGCUCAGUCUGUGGAGCUUUUACUCUAUUAUGGGGGGAAAGACUGUUUCAUGACAACCUGACUUUUAAAAACAGCACCAAGUAACUUGAGGGGACAUGGGGGAGGGGAGGGCCUGGGGCUCGGGGCAGUUCAUCCUAAUGAAAACCCUGUUGCUGCAUUGUCUGUGUGUUCCCUUCAGCUUGGACAAGUCGAUCCUCCAGGGAUUUGGUUUAGGUGCUGACACCCCACAAAGACAUCCAGAAGGUGGUACUAGGGUAUAACCCAUCUCUGCAUCUGACAGCACAGAACAGAUCAAAUCGUCAGGUGCCUGGAGUAAAAAAACAAAAAA